AUGGCCACGGAGGAGGGCAGCGAUGGCGGCGGCGUCGACCGCAUCAGCAGACUCCCCGACGACCUCCUCCACGUCAUCCUGAUCCGCCUCCGCGACGCCGCGGCCGCCGCGCGCACCAGCGUCCUCUCCCGCCGCUGGCGUCGCGUCUGGGCUCACCUCCCCGAGCUCUCCUUCAGCUACCGCUACUCCGCCGCCGCCGGCGGCGGAUGGGCGCACAGCCUCGUGGACGCCGCGCUGGCCGCGUACGCCGGGACGACCGUUAGGCUCCUCGAGAUCGCCCUGCGCUGGGCUCCGUCCGCGCACGGCGUCUGCCCACUGAUGCAGUUCGCCUCGCAGCGCGUCGCCGGCGAGCUCCGGCUGUCUCUGCAGGAGGGCUGGGGCGACUUCGUGCUCCCCCCCUGCAAGAGGGCCACGGCGAUCACCCUCUGCGUCAAGGCGCGCACGCUGCGGUUCCCGCCGCAGCCCGCCCUGGGCACGUUCGCGGCGCUGGCCAGCCUGAGGAUAAUUAGAGCCCUCGUGGACGGCCGCGAGCUGGGAGACGUCCUGAACUCCCACUGCCCGCGCUUGAAGGAGCUCUUCCUGAAGCAGGUCGUCGUCCUGGGGAGCCGAGACCUAGCUCCUCCCGUCCUCUCCAUUCGCUCCUAUUCGCUAGAGCGGCUCGAGAUGGACAUGGACGUGGAAUUCGACGCCGGUUUCCAGGUUAUCGCCCCGAAGCUGAAGGUGUUUUCGUCCCCGAAGAUCUUUGGCGAGGCUCACAUCGUCGCGCCAAAGCUCCUGGAGGUGUGCUGGCAUGGCCCGUACGACCCAGACCUGCAUCAUGUCCAAGAGGCCGGACGCCAUCUGCAGCGCCUGGAGAUUGCCAGGAACUGCUGGAACUCUCGGCAUGCGGCGAAGCUGAUGCACCGGUUUAACGCCGCCGACGAGUUGCAACUGACAGUCCAAUUAUGUCAGCUUAACUCUGACGACCUGAAAGAAUUGCAGAUGAAGGCUGCGUCUUCCCAGGUGCAGUUCUCCACUCGCGCUGUUUCUAGUCUUGACCAAAUUGAGGAGACUUGA